CCACAUGUUGUGUCCUCAGUCUUACAGCACUUGUUUGACUUUAUGUGUUGGUCAGGUCAGUCCACACACCAGUGGUUCUAGCCGACAGUAUAAAUACACCCCUGUUGUUAGCACAAGGUUUAGGCUCAAACUACAAACUCUGCAGCCAUGAGGAGCCUCCUGGUUCUCACUUUGAUGGUAGCUACUGCGUAUGGAUGUGGCCUUCCCACUUUCCCCCCUGUGCUGAGCAGGGUGGUGGCAGGAGAUGAUGUCAGGCCUCACAGCUGGCCCUGGCAGAUCUCGCUGCAGUCAGACAGCAGUGGGCGCUACAGGCACGUCUGCGGAGGAACCCUCAUCUCCUCUCUCUGGGUCCUCACUGCCGCCCACUGCAUCAGUGACCGCUACAACUACAGAGUGGAGCUGGGUAAACACAGCCUGCAGGCGAGCGAGGAGGGCUCCGUAGCUCUGAGCGCGGCUGAAAUCAUCACUCAUGAGGACUACAACGUUCUGCUCAGCCGCAACGACAUCGCCCUGAUCAAGUUGUCUUCCCCUGUCACCUUCUCUGACACAAUCAUGCCGGCCUGCAUCCCGGACCCGGCUGUCACCCUGCAGCACGGUUCUCGCUGCUACGUCACCGGGUGGGGUCGACUCUUGACCGAAGGUCCUCUGGCUGACAUCCUGCAGCAGGUUCUCCUGCCAGUCGUCGGCCACGACAUCUGCACCCUACCCGACUGGUGGAGCGUCCUGGCCACAGACAAGAUGGUCUGUGCUGGCGGAGACGGCAUCACUGCAGGAUGUAACGGAGACUCGGGCGGCCCCCUGAAUUGCCAGAACCCCGACGGCUCCUGGGAGGUCCACGGCGUGGUGAGCUUCGGCUCCGGUCUCGGCUGCAAUGUCCUCCAGAAACCUACCGUCUUUACAAAAGUCAACUCCUACAUCAGCUGGAUCAACACGGUUGUGACCAGCUACUGAAGAAACUAUCCACGUGCGUUUUACUGCAAUAAGAACAACAAUCACCAACAAUGUGUUGUCCCAGUUUUACUGCAAAUAAUGGAGAUGCUGUUUAUCAGUUCUGGGAACGCAGUUUAAAGGGAUAGUUCACCCAAAAGUGAAAAUUCACUCAUUGUCUACUCGUCACUGUGUCGGUGGAGGGGUGGGUGAAGUGUUCAGUCCACAGAACACUUAUGGAGUCUCAAGGACAGACAGUGCUGCAGCAAAAUCCAAUAGAAUUUAGUUAAAUGAAGACUGAUCCUUCAGACGAUUAAAAAAACGAUUUGAAUGUCGGGGCUUACAGACACUUGGAUGACACCACAGGAGCAGUUUGGAGGCAUUUUUAUGUUUAUUUUCUGUUGUUUAUAUACGUUUGAAGAAUAGGUCACUAUUUACUCCCCAUUUUUCAUGUAUUGGAUUUGGCAGCAACACUGUUUACACCUGAAGCCACCAUGAAUACAGGAGGUGUGUAUAUACUGAGUGAAUUUAAAUUUGUUGGGUGAUCUAUCCCUUUAAGUCAUAUCCAUGAAUGUGGGCCUGAACAACAACCGGACAUUUAUCUUACCCUCAGCUUUAAAUAUAGUAGCUGCAUAUUAGAGGAUUGGUUGAACAAUGCUUGAAAACAUGGAUGUUAAUGUGUCCAAUGAAAUAUGGCAUUCGUACAAGUCAACGUGGGAUUAUAUUCACAAUGAUUCAAUAACCAUGGCAAAACACACUUCUUAUACACAGGAGUAAUUAACAAACACUUUUUUUAUUUAUUUCUCAUAAAAUAUCCAUGAGAUAAACAUUUGUUUUGCUUGUCAGGAGGAGGAAAAAACAAAUAAACAUAAGCAUAGAAAAGUAUAUUUUCACAGCACAUACAAAAGGAAAUAUAUAUAUAUAUUUAGGUGAUACAAAAAGGAAACUGACAGAGUGUUUUGGCCACUUCUUAAUAAAACUGGUGAAUCAAAACACUGUCAUUCAUUAAAGUUAAACAGUGUGACGCAAUGAAAUCAGUUGUGCAGUUUUCUGGUUCUUUUGCCAGUGAGGUACAAUGAGUCUGUCUGCAGUUCUGAAACAUGACGACACAUCAAGGAUUUACACAGAGUGACGACUUUAAACUCCAAUAAUAAGAGACAGACAUGAGGACAUGUGUCCUAUUGACAAACCUCAAGUGACCCCAUUGUCUUCAGCUCAUCAGAAAACCUUGUAAUAUACAAUAUGAUAUAACCAAUGAAUGUCAGCUUUUCUGCAUGAAUAACACAUUACACAAUAACAAAUGGGCAACUCAGGGAUGACAUCUUGUGCAGCUUUGACAAUUUUUAAAUAUUUAAAUGAAUUAAAGUAAAUCAUUCAAUUUGGCCUCAGUUGUCUAACCUGAAGGAGAAAGCAGGGCUUGUUUCACAGGAGUUUUGAAGCAGUGUGCAAUGACAGAACUCGAGACUAUUCCCCUCUCCAGCUGUCUCUUUUCUCUUUGUGCUUGUUCUCUGCAAACGUUUUAAGUGAAAACAGGGCUGCGGUUUAGGCUGCGGCCGGCAGAGUGCGUAAUAGUUGCUGUUAUUGUGGCGCAGCUGCACAGUCAAAGACUCUUUUCUGUUGGUCAUCUCCAAUAAGAAAAAGAAGCACGCCCCAGAGCAGCAGCUAGAGGCUACAGUGCUGCGUUCACAGCUCCACAGCGUUCACCAUGGGUAUGGCCCGGCGGCUCUCAACUAUUCACAAGCUGCUUCCAUCGUGCUCUCACACACACACUUCCUUCUCUGCAGCGGAGGAGCCACACUAUGGCUCAGGUUCAGUCACACUAUGAGUCAUAUGAAAUGCUCUAGGAGGAAAAACAAUAUUGCCACGGGCAUGCAAAAGUAUAUGAGUGGGUACAACACAAAGACAGCUGCACUCUGCAGCAGAGUUAGCAGUUAGCAUUAGGGCUGAGUCAUACGGACAACAAUGACAUCCAGAUACAAAUAUUCAUAUCAGUCGAUAUUGAUAAUUAUCAAGGUAAACGUGACAUUGUUAUUUCUGUUAAGACUCAUUUUGCUCCUGAGGUUGUGAGUUUAAACUCUCAAACACUGAGGCACAUCAAUUACUGUGUUAGCCCAUAGAAGCAAUAUUUUGAUGUAUAUUGGACUCAUUACUUAUUACUACAGAUAGAUAUUAUAUUGCUGUAAUUAAUGAUAUUAUGUUAUUGCCCCACCCUAGUAAGCAUUACCACUACACCACUACUACAGACACCAUGAAAUGACACAUGCUACAGGAAAUGGUUUCUUUCCUAUAAAACGAUAAGUUAAUGGUGACCAUUGAUGUGAGAGUAAAUACAAAAAUAUGAGUCAUUGAAUACUGUUCAUUGUGUUAUUUUUUUUUAUAACAGCCAAGACCUAAUUCAUAAUCCUGAAUGGCCUGUUGUGUCGUACUUAAACAACCAACCGUCUUUGCCUAUGUAGCAUGUACUGUAUGCUUAAGUCCAAUAAGAGAAGCAUAUAGACUAAACCAUGGCUAAAAAGCAUUUCAAAUUUGUACUUACAACUUACCAGUUACCCUCUAAAGGAAUGUAUAUUUAUUCAGUAGUUUCAAGUUGUAUAGUUCAGCAACUGCUUGCUAUCUCAUUAGGCAUGCUAUAUCGAUAAACUCAGGGCAAAGUUUGUUUUGGCAUCUUUGUGCCCUCGACUUCUCAAAGGAAGAAAAAGUACAAUUUCUUGGUGUCUUUCAUAAAAUAUGACAAUAAAAUCAUUGACGCAUUG